UUAUAUUCUAUAAUUAUUACAAACUGUUUAUUUAAUUAAGGUGUUAAUUAUUGUGAAGUAUAAUUAGAGCCAUCUUUUGUAUAUAUUAUUAAUAUUAUUCUAUAUUAUGUAAAAAAAAUGUGUGCUCGAUAAGGUGGAUAUGAAACCUAACCUAAAACUAGUGUCAAGUGAAUACCGUGAAUACUUUUGAUCCUUUUGAUUUAUUAUGAAAAGAAUUUAUUAAACUUAUAUUUAUUUAAAAAUGACAUUCAUAUUGACAAGAAGUUCUCUAUAUGCAUUGGCUGCUUUGCCAUUUUAUAAUUCCGGCAAUGCACUUGAUAUUCCAAGUGACGACACUUAUGUAGAAAAACCUAAACCUACGACUAAAAUGGAGAGAUUUCAAAAUAUAUUUUACAAAGAUGAGUAUGGAAAUCUUUCUCCGGAACUUCAGUAUUGUGUACAUUUAACUUCAAUGGGACUGGUAAUUGGAGGAUUUUAUGGUGGUUUAAUUAAUGGACGAACUGCUUUUUUCAAAUUUAUCGAUAACAAUCAAGCGACAAUGUUUCAAAAUCAUUUGGAUGCAAAACGAAGACUGCAGGAUAUUUUGUCAUAUAAUCUCUUAAAAGGAGGUGCUCAAUGGGCCUGGAGAACUGCUUUAUUUACUUCACUUUAUGGGAUUACUUCAACAUCCGUAGCAGUUGUUCGAGGAAAAUCCGGCAUUAUUGAACAUACAGAUGGUGGCUUGGUCGCAGGAGCAUUGUAUAAUAUGAAAAAUGGCUUUCGAGGAGUCAUCGUUGGCGGAGGAUUAGGUGCAGUUUUAGGAACAAUUUUUGGAACCUUAGCUUUCGUAAUUUUAACUCUGUCAGGAAAAACAAUGGAGGACGUUAAAUUCUACACUGUUCAAUGGAGAGAUCAUAGAGAAGGCCUCUUUUUCAAAGCUGAUAGGAAAAAACGAUUGGAGAAGGAGGAGCAAGAGAUAAUGAAAACACUGAAGGAUCUGACUGGAAAAGAGGCAACGUCGUAAUGUAUAUUGUAAAUGAAUAUUUAAUAUCUAAUUGUACAAAGAAAAAGUAAAACUACAGUAAAUUAUAAUUAAUCACAA